AGAAAGAGAAGGAGAGGAGCGGAGGAGAAGGGGAGAGAAACAGUAGGAGGAGGUGGAGAUGGUGGCCGGAUCGAUGGCGUCGCGCGUGCUCCCGUGAGGUUCCCGAUCGCGGUCGUUGUCUCGCAGGCUGAUGCUUAGGGUGGAUUCAGAAGCCAACUCAACAGAUUUGAAGCUACUGCAUGAGGGGCUAAUAAAUAAGUUUGCAUGCUUCAAUUUCUUGUGUCUCUAGAGAAACAUCAACUCAUCGGUGGAACAGACACAUCUUGGUGCAUUCAUAAGUCAGCCAUUUAGAGAAGACGAUGUCAGCUUCAGAGUUCAGGAUUCCUUACCAGCAAGUAUCAUCUUCACAGCCUGCUGAGAAUGCAGGUCAGUACAAGGUCUGCCGAUGUGGGGAAGGAGACCCAAACAUUCAGAGUACAGACACAUCUGAAACUGGUGACAGUUCGCCAACCAGUUGUCCUAAUUGCCAGGUUCUUAAGAGCGGGCACUUACUGCUCUCAUCUAAAGGAAUUGGUUGGACAACAUGGAAAAAGCGCUGGUUUAUUCUUACAAGGGCAUCACUAGUGUUCUUCAGAAGUGAUCCUAAUGCACCUCCUAGAGGAAAUGAACCAAUUGUUACACUUGGUGGAAUUGACUUAAAUAACUCCGGAAGUGUCGUGGUCAAAGAAGACAGGAAACUUUUGACGGUGUUAUUUCCCGAUUCCCGUGAUGGGCGUACAUUCACUCUGAAGGCAGAGACUACAGAAGAGCUCAACGAAUGGAAAAGUGCGUUAGAGAAUGCUCUGGCACAUGCACCUGCUGCAGCGAAUACUGUUGGCCAAAAUCCAAUUUUCAGCACUGACAUCGCAGAGCCUACUGAAGCUCCAUCUGAACAGCCGGAGGAUAAAUCUGUUAUUGGCAGACCUGCAGAGUUUUCCCUUGUAGAUGCUGAUGGUAGUCCAGCUUUCCUGGAGAAGGCCUUGAAGUUCAUUGAAGAUUAUGGUGUCAAGGUGGAAGGAAUCCUCCGUCAGUCUGCUGAUGUUGAAGAAGUCAAACGCAGAGUCCGAGACUAUGAAAAGGGGAAAAUCGAGUUCUCCCAAGAAGAGGAUGCACAUGUUAUUGGUGACUGUAUCAAGUAUGUUCUUCGAGAGAUGCCAUCAUCUCCUGUUCCCGCACCAUGUUGCACUGCAUUGGUUGGAGCUUACCGAACCGACAAAACAAGAAGGCUUGAUGCUAUGAAUAAAGUGAUUUAUGAAGUUUUUCCAGAACCGAACCGAGAACUAUUGCAGAGGAUUCUUAAGAUGAUGCAGAUUGUUGGAUCCCACAAAGCUGUGAAUAGGAUGUCUCCGUCGGCUUUGGCAGCUUGCAUGGCCCCACUCCUUCUCCGACCUCUUCUUCUCGGUGAAUGUGAAAUUGACAAUGACUUUAGUAUGGCUGGGGAUGGUUCAUUCCAGCUGCUUCAAGCUGCAGCUGCUGCCAACCAUGCUCAAGCAAUCGUCAUCAUUAUGCUCGAGGAAUAUGAUCAGAUAUUUGAUGACUUGAAUGAUGGUUCAUGUUCUUCAGAUGCAUAUACUGAGUCCGAAGAUGGUGAUUUUGACAAAGAAUAUUCCACAGAGAAUGAUGUCCCUGAAGAGGAUGGCUCUUAUGAUUCUGGUGAGGAUAACAUUGAAGAAGACAUGGAUGAUAAUACUGAGCAUUCCUCUGGUGCCAGUGAAUGUGACAACAACAUUAGGAGCAAUGUCUCUGAUGACAAGGUUAAAAAAAAUUACUCUGGCACGGCAUCUAAUGGCAAUGUUCAGGGCUUACAACCUCCUACAAAAGCCGCAAAAAAUGGUGCGGCAAGGGAAGACACUAAUCAAAUUUCUUCUGUUCCACCAGUGGAGAACACUUCCCAAAUGGAGAGCAAUGAUCCAUCCACUCGAAAACAACAAUUGUACGAGUCAAAUGGAUCUACAGAUCAAACAGAAAAGUUGAAUGUUCACUCAUCAUCAUCAAGAGCAAAAUUUAUGGAGAAAUCAUGCAUCUCAAGAAAUAAGAGCAAAAGGACCUCAUGGGGCCGUACUUCAGCAAGAAAGGACAUGUCAGCUGAUGAGAUUGACUAUUGCAGUGAUGAUGAGACUCUUAUUGAGAAGCUUGAGAACAACAAGAUGGAUCUUCAAUCUAAAAUUACAAAGGAGGUGAAAGAAAAUUCAAUCCUCCAGGGAAGUCUCGAAAGAAGGAAAGAAGAAUUGCACGAACGUCGUUUAGCACUUGAAAAAGAAGUGGAAAAUUUGCGAGAUCAGCUACAGAAGGAGAGAAGUUUGAGGGCCUCAUUGGAGUCUGGGUUGAUGAAUUUGCGAAGAGGGCAAGUGUCCUUGCCAUCGACAAUUGAUAGCAAGACUAAGGCUGAUCUUGAGGAAGUUUCUACUGCUGAAGCUGAUAUUUUGAACUUGAAGCAAAAGGUUUCCGAUCUCCGUGGACAACUCAACAACCAGGUCCAGAUGAGCUGCACCUCAUUAUGUGACUCAUGCAACAAACGACUCCUAAAUACAGACAAGCUUUCCGAAGAUGAACAGAAUACUGCAUCAUCAAAUGUUGGGCCCAAUUCUAUCUCUGACAUGGCUGAUAUUGAGCAAUACAGGAAGCAAACCAGACAACAUAUGAGUUCGGGAGGUAUGGCAUCCAAUGAGCAAUCAAGCACCUUCGGCCAAAGGGCUCAAAGAUUGUUGUCUUCUAAGGGUGAGAUUGUGAAGGAUGGCCAAGAUGGAUCAUUUACAUCAAAGUGGAACUUGGCACAGAAACAAUACUCAAAUAAUCCACUAUUAGGAAGACUUGGAUCAAAUGCCUAUUCGGGUACUAGACCAGAGGACUCUGGGGCUGUACCAUUUGCAUUAGCCAAGCUGACAAGCCGGCUCAAUUUUUUGAAAGAAAGAAGGGCGCUUCUUGCAAGCGAGAUGCAAAACUUAAAUUUGGCUCGCCCGCCAGGGCCUACAGCUCCAACUCCAAAGAGAGAUUCUACUUGAGAAGUGGGGAAUUUUGACAUGGCAUCAUUCUCAUAUCCUGCUUGUGGAAAGAUGGAGAUGACGCAAUACUAUACCUAACCACAUUUAUACCCAGUCCGAGAUGCAUCAUCAUGUAAGAAAAAAAAGAGGAUGCUGGUGAUAUUUACAUAAAUCGUUGAUUGGACAAACAUCCAAAGUUCUAGGCAAACAUAAUCUGUAAAUUUCUCGUGUUAUCGUGAUUUUACCACGGAUGUUUCGUAAGUAUUUGCCGCAAAA